UUGAGAGUUUAGUUUCCUUCAUAAUGUACACACAUAUAUUUGUGAGGGAAGUGUUAUAGGUUAUUAUAUUUAAUUUAUAUUUUAUACCUUUCUUUUUUAAAUAAAAAAGAUGAGCGAGUAGAAUAUUGUUUUAAAGGAAAUAAAAAAUCGCUUCUGUUAAAAGCGAUACCGCAAUAAACGUUUCACUGUGAUCUGAUGUAAUCCAAGUAAACAAAAAUAUGGGUCUUCUUAGUGUUUUACCUGUAUUUUCAAGAUUAUCUAAAUGUGCUAUCACAAGUAUACGUAAUAUAUCUACUUAUGGUAACCCACUACAGUUUGGUAUAACUAAUAUGCUUCUCGCAGAACCAUUGAAAAAGAAGAAGAAAUUAGAUCCAGCUAUAAUUAGACAAAGAGAAGAAAGAAAAAAAAAGAAAUUGGAAAAGUCAAUUCGUCGUUUACAAAAAUUUGCUAAAAAAUUAAAGCCCAUUAGUGAAUUGGAAAUACCAUUAUUCUUAAAAAAUGAGAAAGAACAAAGGAAACGUAUCUUUCCAUCUUUAUCCGAAGAGGAAGAAGAUAAAAGAGUAUUGUUACAAAAAGAAUGGACUAGAUAUAAAACCAAACAACAUAAGAAUGAUAUUCAAACAAUAGAAGAGUUAAUGUUGUCUCAAAACAGAGCACUGAAAGAGCUAAAAGCUGAAUCAGAAGAAUUAUAUAAUGAAGCGAUACAGAUUGAUCUUACCUUUUUGCCAUAUUUAAAACAAGGUCCUUGUCAUACACCACCAAUACAAAACUAUGAUAGUCCAGAUGGGGAAUAUAUAGAUAUGACAAUAAAAUAUCCGGGUGAAACGUAACUAAGUUAAACGAGAUUUUAAUUAAAUUGUAUGUAUAAAUAAGAUAAAAAUUAAUGUUAUCAAUAUAAAA